AAAGCUAAUGACCGUUCACCAAAUUUACCGCAGCUAUAUAAAGCAGUUUCACAGUAUUCGACCAUCGUUCAGUAUUGUGUCGAACGGAUUCGCGAAAAUGAAGUUAUUCCUAGCUGUUAUGGCCUGCUUGGCCCUGACUCAGGCAGCCAACCUUCCCUUCCAGACACCGGUCACCGUCCGUGAUGCUCAGGAGGCUGCCGAAAAAAGCCAUGCCCGCAUCGUGAAUGGCUUCCCUGCAGCAGCGGGUCAAUUCCCAUACCAGGUGUUUCUACGAGGAUUCACCUCGGGUGGCGCUUUGGCUUGCGGUGGUUCUCUCAUCUCCAACCAAUGGGUUCUAACGGCUGCUCACUGUAUCACCGGAGUACAGCGCUUCGAAAUUGUAAUGGGAACAAUCGUCUCGGCCUCACCAGGAGUUCUGGGACACUCCACACACUUCAUCAUCCAUCCAUCGUACAAUGCGAACAAUCUGAACAACGACAUCGGUUUGAUUCGUCUCACCACACCAGUCGGUUUUAAUCAGAACAUCCAAGCUGUCAGACUGCCCAGUGCUGAUCGUACCGGAGAAAGCUUUGUUGAUCGUAUCGCAACCGUGUCCGGCUUUGGGCGUACCAGCAACACCGGACCCGUUUCACCGACCAAGAACUGGGUGAAUAUUCGCGUCAUCUCGAAUGCCGCAUGUGCAGCCGUCUACGGUUCCUCGGUUGUGGUUGCCUCGACCAUCUGCGGAACCGGUGCACAACAAGCAAACCAGAGCACCUGCCAGGGUGAUUCCGGUGGCCCACUGACCAUCCAGGAGGGUGGCGCUAGUACGCAGAUCGGUGUAGUUUCGUUCGUGUCAUCGGCUGGGUGCACUUCCGGCCAUCCGUCCGGCUAUGUACGUACGACUCACUUCCGCAAUUGGAUCAACCAGCAAACCGGAAUCUAGGCACGAGAGUGAACCGAUAAUGGGUGAUGUACAGAUAAGGAUAAUACAACGGUGAAAUAUAAAAGCUGUUUGUGAGUAUCA